AUGGAGCGCCGCACCACUCGUUCUGCAGCACGCCAAGCCGCAGUGCUUGCUACAAAUGCGCAACCUACACCAAAACCAGCUGCUCAGGACACCUCUAGCAAUGGCACUUCAGGGCUGUCAUCAUCAUACGCCAUGCCAAAGAAACGAGCUGCGGCCCAGAAAAAAGCCCCCGUGACCAAACAACGCAAGACAACCCAAACUAAAUCCGCCACUCCCACUCCAAAAGCAGACUCGGCCAACGAGCUUCCCCAUAACCUCGGUGCAGCGAUCACAGUGAUACAACAGGCCGCUGCAGGAAACUCAGAAGCCGGGUCUCGUUCAGAAAAAGCGAAAACCGCAACGUUAAAGACCGAAACUACCCCUAAGAAAAUCAAAGCGGAGAUCCAAGACACAGUCGACAAAGCCACAGUUACACUGGCCGAGAAUGCACCACCAAAAAAGGCCAAGAACAAGAAGACCAAUCUCUACGGCCUCACGCCCGGCGUCAGUCCCUUCCCGGACUGGAUCCAUCCUACCCCGCAGGAAUGUGAAGAGGUCAAUCGCUUGCUUUCCACCGUGCAUGGGGAAAUUGUCGCACCAACGACUAUCCCGGAGCCGUCGCUCACUGUGACGGGCUGUGGCGAGGUCCCGUCGGUCUUGGACGCGUUGAUCCGCACUUUACUGAGCGGUGCUACUACGGGGAAUAACUCGGCCAGGGCGUUUAGUGGGCUGGUGCAGAAGUUUGGGAUUCUGGAGAAUGGAAUCGGUAAGGGCAGCGUGAAUUGGGAUGCGGUGCGGCAGGCCUCGCUGAGAGAUGUGUUUGAUGCCAUUAAGAGCGGCGGGCUGGCUGAUGUCAAGAGUAAGAAUCUCAAAGCCAUUCUGGACAUGGUGCAUAAGGAGAAUCAGGAGCGCAGAGAUAUCCUCGUGAAAGCGGAGGAGAAGGAGGAGGGAAAGGCAGAUGGCGAUGGUCCCGCGGCCGAUCUACUAACCAAGGACGACGGCAAGAAACAGUACGAAAUCGCAUGUGCAGAUCAGAAUUUUCUCUCCCUCAAUCACCUGCACAACCUGAGCACGGAACAGGCGAUGGUGGAGAUGGUGAAGUACCCCGGCAUCGGGCCCAAGACCGCCGCCUGCGUGCUUCUCUUCUGUCUGCAGCGGCCCUGUUUCGCCGUGGAUACGCACAUUUUUCGCAUCUGCAAGUGGCUCAAUUGGGUGCCUCCGACUAAGGCGUCGGAAGUCACGGCGUUCAGUCACUUGGAGGUGCGCAUUCCGGAUCAUCUCAAGUAUUCGCUUCAUCAGUUGUUGAUUCGCCAUGGGAAAUCCUGUCCGCGCUGUCGCGCUAUUACGGGACAGUCUUCGGCGGGGUGGAAGGAGGGAUGUGUGAUUGAUCAUCUUGUUACGAGGACGGGGAAGAGGAAGGGAGGUCCGGUCGGCUCUACUCCUGCGAGUAAGAAGAAAAGAGCUAGUCGCAAGGCUCGUUCAGAGACGGAUGAAUCGACAUCUGAAUCUGAACUGAGUGAACUCGAGACCUCCGAUUCUUCGGAAUAG